AUGUGUACUUCUGCCCGAAAAAGAUUGCCUCGUACGCGGCGGAUCCAGCAAGCGAACGUGACGGCAAACCAGCAGCCAAUUGGCGCCCGCCACGUGGCUGAUAAUCAGCGGCCUGACGAGGAAGCAGUAGCGCCCGUGAUUCCGUGGUACGCACGACACCUCCUGCUGCCGCAUCGUCCGGCGGGAUUAGCGGAGCUCCACGCGGCGGAAUUUGCGGUCAGGCAGCUGCCGGAAGGCGUGGACGCAGAAAGCGUGGAACUUCGAGACGGGCAGCUGAACGGGCAGGUGAACGGGCAGGAAGCUGCGGAGAAAAAACAACAGCAGCGGCUUCAUCAGUGGCCGGACCUCUGGCAGCCAGACCAUGGCGAGGCGCGCUUAAUCGACAGCAGCGGGAAGCGGUUGCUCGAACCGCGAGCGUUACUAGUAGACGCGUUUGGAACAUUGGUCGAAACGGCGGAGGAGGAGACCAUGGUGUACGCUUCUAUCGGGCAGAAAUUCGGCGUGGAGAUUAGUCCAGAGGAGAUUGGGAGGCGGUACGAAGUGGCCUAUAGGAAGCCAUGGCUGCAGUCCAAGCUAAGGUAUGAAGGCGACGCUCUGCCCUUCUGGCAUCACAUUAUUUCCGAACCCCAGCUACACGCAAGAACUCCACGGCUACUACAUAAAAAAGCACGCGUGGAAAUUCACCGAUCCGAACGCUCGGGGCGCGUUCGCCGCGAUCCGUCGCGCCGGGAUCAAGCCGGAAUAAGGACGUGGCAGGGGCGAGGAGGGCCGGAUGUGGUGCGGCGUGGCUUUGGAACGAAGACGUGCGUUCGUUUACAGAGCCCUGAUAAUGUUGCGGAUAACGUUGCUGAUAAUGUCGCGGAUAGCGUAGCUGAUAAUACCGCGGAUAUUGGCGCGUCUCAGUCCACAGUCGUGGCCGCAGGGCCGCGGAACAACGCCCGCGACGGCGCAAGUGUCAACCGCACUGCCCGGGUCGCUCCGCCUGCGCGGAAGUCUCCGCCUGCGCGGGGGAAAGAUCUUCCCGCGCGGACAACUGUCCCCGCCCCCCCUAAAGCGGUGCGGGGGGGAUUCGGGGCGCGUAAGGCCGGAGAUUCGGCGCCAACAGGCCGCGCAUCGAAUACGACAAGGGACAGCGCCCCCGCUUCAGCCGGCUCGAAUCGCACCGCGCCGCGACCGAGUCGCCCCAGGCGCGCAACCAGUGGCGCAGGAAGGCGGCCGGGGAACGCGGAUAGGCAGCCGGAGAACGCGGGGCGGCAGCCGAGGAACGCGACUAGGCAGCCGGAGAACGCGGGGAGACAGUCGGGGAGCGCGGGUAGACGGAGCAGCAGCGGCUCGAGCAAGAGGCGGACGGGUGGGCGGCGCGCCACCCCGACUCGACCCGUGUCGCGGGCGGUUCCGCCGCCCGUUCAGUUCGUGCGGCUGACGACGGCGAACAACGCGACUUGCCUGGACGGCAGGUGGGUGGCAGAGUGGGCGGCAGAGUGGGCGGCUGGUGGGCGGCAGAAUGGGCAGCUGUGUGGGCGGCAGAAUGGGCAGCUGUGUGGGCGGCAGAAUGGGUGUCUGGGUGGGCGGUAG